AACUUCCACUGCAAGAGAUAGAGCUGUAAUUUCUGUAAAAAGAAAAAAAAAACAAGUGAAAGAAGACUGCAAGUUUAAAGGGAAUUAGGAUUUGUCUGGUAAAAGAAAAUGACUUAAAUUUGAUCAUUUAGAUCAAUUAACAGAUGGACCUACGUGGACGCUAAAAGGAUAAAAGACAAGCAAGGGGGACUAAAGGAUCGAAAAGGAUAUUGUUUUUUUUUUGUUUUUGUUUUUUUAAACAAUUUUUUGUAUGAAAUCUCAUGCCACCCACACUGGGCUGACAAAACUUGGGGGAGAGCUCUAAGAACUGCAGGAAUGAAGUACAACUGCCACACUCCAGUGUCAACCUAUACACGGCAUUCUCAGUACACACCAACUUACCACACACCUACAAAGUAUGGAUCCAGUCACUAUACACCAUCGUACACCUCUGCAUCAAAUUACACCCUACCACAGCAUGGUAGCACACAUUACACCCCAUCAUACUAUACACCCUCCUACAGAUAUGCGUCCACGUACAUCCCUUCCCGGUACAGUUCAACAUGGCGCACCCAAGCACGAGAAAAUCCAGCUCCAGUGAUACCAAUCACACCUGCUAAGAGAACUGUGCACUUUCCUAAUGACAUCAUCUUCCAGGAUGUUGUUAGACGUGGAGAGCUGGAGCAAAUUGGUCGUUUCAUUAGAACAAGAAAGGUUCGCGUCGAUACACUCUUUCACUCAGGUAUGGCAGCACUACACGAAGCAGUACUGACAGGAAACCUGGAGGUGGUGAAGCUGCUGGUCAAAUAUGGUGCUGAUGUCCAUCAAAAAGAUGAAGACGGCUGGACACCACUACACAUGGCCUGCAGUGAUGGCUUUCCCGAAAUUGCAAGCUAUCUCCUUUCGUUGGGAGCCAGCACAGAGGCAGAAAAUGAGAAUGGAGAGAAGCCGACCGACCUCAUUGACCCUGACUGCAAAGAGUUGUCCAAACUGUUUGAGGUUGGCUGUAUUUAAUGGCACUUCUUAUGCACAGGAC